GAAACUGGACUGCACGUUUACUCAAAACAAACCACAACGGCCACACCAGAGCUUUGCAACAUCAACAAGUUUUUAUAAGUUACUUAGCGACAUCGCCGGAGGGUAAUUCUUAAACGGACACGGACCUCUGACCAGACAUGUCCGAGUAUCUGAAGAGAGAAGACCACGGGUAUGGACUUCUCCCCAGAGAUUUUUUUUUACCCAAAACCCCUUCUUGAUGCGUAUACCAAACGUGUAAAAAAGAUUGCAAGGACUCAAGGGACUGUUGAUGUUACGUCAAGACUAGCCCGAGUAUGAGCCUGUCGGAGAUGGACGGUAAAGCCAUGAAAUGCGAGAUAUGUUCAUUGUAGUGAAAGUGGAAGAGUUCAAUACUGCCCUUCCAAGAAAAAAGGCAGUAACUGCUUAUAGUGUGGAACUGAGAGAAAAUGGAUUUUAUUUACCUUGGUUUCACAGUAACUUUAUGCAGUUACUGCUAACAUGACCCCAUUUACUCCAAAACACAAUAGAAUAGAGGCAGGAUAUUUGUCCACAUGAUUAAGCAUGUAUUUAAUGUAGCAAAAAAUGAAAUUGACACAUUUUAGACCAAAUAAGCAGUUACUGCCUUUUUUGCUUGGUAGGGCAGUAUAACGAUAUACUUGUAAUAAGUGUGAACAGCUCCCUGCCUCAAAAGAUCAUUAUGCUACUAGAGGAGAACAGGGUCCUGAAUGAACGUCUCUCUCUGGCCAAGGAGACUUCAACACUGAACGCUGAUUCUGAUGAAGUCACAAUCCCAAAUGAUCUCAAGGAUCAUCCAGGGAGUUCUACCAGACUGGGAUCCUCUGCUGUGGCUACUAUGAACACUACCAUGGACCACUUUCCUGAAUUGACAGGUCACACACAGAUGAAAACAGGAGCCCCCCUGUCUUCUCCGGGGCCUAACGAUGAGGCCCUCCUCCUGUCUUCGCCGGGGCCUACCGAUGAGGCCCUCCUCCUGUCUUCGCCGGGGCCAUCCGAUGAGACCCUCCCCCUGUCUUCUCCGGGGCCAUCCGAUGAGGCCCUCCUCCUGUCUUCGCCGGGGCCAUUCGAUGAGGCCCUCCUCCUGUCUUCGCCGGGGCCAUCCGAUGAGGCCCUCCCCCUGUCUUCUCCGGGGCCAUCCGAUGAGGCCCUCCUCCUGUCUUCGCCGGGGCCAUCCGAUGAGGCCCUCCUCCUGUCUUCUCCGGGGCCAUCCGAUGAGGCCCUCCCCCUGUCUUCUCCGGGGCCAUCCGAUGAGGCCCUCCCCCUGUCUUCUCCGGGGCCAUCCGAUGAGGCCCUCCCCAUGUUUUCUCCGGGGCCAUCCGAUGAGGCCCUCCCCAUGUCUUCUCCGGGGCCAUCCGAUGAGGCCCUCCCCAUGUCUUCUCCGGGGCCAUCCGAUGAGGCCCUCCUCCUGUCUUCUCCGGGGCCAUCCGAUGAGGCCCUCCCCCUGUCUUCGCCGGGGCCAUCCGAUGAGGCCCUCCGCCGCCGCUCUUGUGACAAGACAUUUACCAGUCGGUCUAAAAAACAUGAGAAAAACCCCUCAAGAGAUGGAUCUCACCCCUGUGACCAGUGUGAGAAGAGUUUUGUAACACAAAAACUUCUGGAAAAACACCAGAUGAGUCACUCCAACUCUCAUGUGUGCUCUGAUUGUGGAAAGAGAUUCCGUCGGGCUGAUCACCUAAAGAGACAUCAGAGAGUCCACACUGAGAACAAACUGUACAUUUGCCCUCAUUGUGGGAAAAGCUUUGGUUACUCUGGAAAGUUAACCCAACAUGUGAGACUUCACACUGGGGAGAAACCCUACCAGUGCUCCGAUUGUGGCAAAAUGUUUGCUGCUAUUAAAACAAUGAAAAGACACCAAGAGGUUCAUUCAACACAUAGGGUGAAGCCUCAUGUUUGCACUACCUGUGGAAAGGGCUUUGCUCGACAUGAAUACUUAAAAAAACAUUGCACCAUUCACACUGGAGUGAAACCGCAUCAGUGCUCUGACUGUGGAAAGAGCUUCCGUCUGCUUGAUCAUUUAACUCGGCACCAGAAAAAAGCACAUGGAGAGAGGCUAUUCCCUUGCUUUGUUUGCAAACAGUGUUUUGUUUCAGAGCACACCCUGAAAGUUCAUCAGAAAAAGCAUACAAGGCCUUACCACUGCUCCCUAUGUGACAAGAGAUAUGCCGAUAAGGGGAAUUUAGCAGUCCAUCUGCGUGUACACACUGGAGAGAAGCCACAUCUUUGCUCCCAGUGUGGGAAAUGUUUCUCUGGUAAACAACAACUUCAAUUACACCUCUUGGUACAUUCAGGUGAGAAGUCUUAUAAAUGUUCUCACUGCGAAAGGAGUUUCGCUAAUACGCCUAUCCUGAAAAGACACAUACGAACCCACACCGGAGAGAAACCGUACCGCUGCUCUGAAUGUGGGAGGAGUUUCGCUGAUGGGGAUACACUCACAAAACAUCUGCGAACCCACACUGGAGCGAAGCCGUACCUUUGCUCUCUGUGCGGGAAACGUUUCUCUGUUAAACAACGUCUUAAAGAGCAUCUAAUGGUACAUUCAGGUGAGAAGCCUCAUCCCUGUUCUCACUGUGCGAGGAGUUUCACUAGUACAUCUAAUCUGAUAAGACACUUGCGAACCCACACUGGAGAGAAACCGUUCAAAUGCCUUGACUGUGGGAAGGGGUUUGCUCGCUCGGCAACCCUCAAAAAUCACCAGCGUAUCCACGGUAGGGUCACCAAGGACCAAGCUCCCAAGGACCAAUAGCUGCACAGAGAACUCUACAUAGUAGCUUCACCACAACUGUCUGUCGUGUGUCUGUACCAGAAGUCAGAAUAUCAGAAAAAGUAUUAUCUGUAGGCUCUAUUUCUCUUACAUUAUUUUAAGGGGUUUUAAGCGGGGAUGCGCGAUAUAUCGGUGAACAUAUUGGAAUCGUCCGAUAUUAGCUAAAAAUGCCAACAUUGGUAUCGGCCCGAUGUCUAGUUUAACACCUAUGUCAAAAACCGAUGUCAAAGCUACCGUAUAUACCUAAUGUAACGUAGGUACAUGACGUAAUGGCGCCACAUAAAAUUUUGCGCUACACCUACAACACGGAAUUCUUAACCUCGCCCACAAUGUCUGCCGUGUGGAUCGAGCAGUCAAGCAGUCAUUUGAAAGAGUAAGAACAUUUCAGCGAGACAACUCAAAGGCGAAAUCCAUUAAAGCCAAAAUAAUGGAAUUCAUUCCCCUUGACAAUCAACUGUUCUCUGUCGUGGGUGAUGUUUGCUUUCGCCGACUCGUCGAGCGCCGGUACACACUACCAAGUGCUCUAUUUUUCAGAUGUUGCCCUACCAGAGUUACACAGUUAUAGCGUCACUGCUAUUAGCUUCACGACAUACAUACUAUGGAAUGCUGUUUGGGUCUUUGCAUGUCAAAAAAGAUACAGUAGCACUGUCAAAGCUGUACAGAAAAAUUUACAAACAAGCAAACACACCGGACACGAACAAUGUGUUUACAAUACCGCGUUGGUAAUAAAGCAUCAUUUGUUCGACCGCAACUUCUGGGGUAGCUUGCUUUAGCUUGGUACCAAGCUAGCACCAAUACAACCAGCCUGAACACAAUGACCAGUAGAACCUGCAGUCAUUUUCAUUAUUCUUAGCAAUGAUUUAGGAAUCCUUGUAAGUAUUAGCUAGGUUGCCAUUUGUUGUUCUCCUUUUGAAAUUGAAAUUCAGUUCAUGAAAAUAAAUAGCUAGCCAGCUAAUUAACCCUGUUGCCCAAAGCUAACGUUGUAAGCAGCUAGCUAGCUUCAUCUGGCUAGUGAUGCUCGACCGGACCGGGUGAUGUGUUGUGAAGCUAGCCACAAUAAGGAUUAGGCACAAUAGUGGAAUUUGCAGUUUGCCUUCAAAAUAUAAGUAUGUAAUUGACAGUGAUGCUAAUUAAUACAUAUAGUAUAAUUUUUCCAUACUUUUAUUUUGAAGGCUGACUGCAAAGUCCACUUGUGGCUCAUCCUUAUUGCGGCUAGCUUCACAUAGAUGGGUCUGACCAUUAAUCAAAUAAGAACUGUCUUAUAAAUUAGGGUUAUUUUAGAUGAUGACACCUAGCUAUAUAGUUAUGACCAGCACUGUAGCUUUUUUAUGACCAGCACUGUAGGUGUGCGAGACAACUUUACCAGCAUCAUAGCAUACGUAUCAAUGAAUCGUUGUGACAUAUGAAAUACGAGUGAUAGUGUAAUCAAUGUGUAAUAACUACGUAAAAAAUGUAUGAACGAGCUAAAUUAUUACAUCAAAUAGUGUUAUCUGACACGCAAAGACCCAAACGGCGUUCCAUAGCAUGAUAAAUCCUGGUUGAGAAUGAAACGACUGAACAAAUGAACAACGAAACAGCACAGCAAGUAAGUUUAAGAAAUAUGUUUUGAUUAUGAUUUACUGGUAAUGAGGACAUACGUAAAUGCAAAACAAAAUAACUUUUUGGUCAGUGUGCUGUGUGUGUGUUGUGUGUAACCUUUAUUUAACUAGGCAAGUCAGUUAAGAACAAAUUCUUAUUUACAAUGACGGCCCGGACGACGCUGAGCCAAUUGUGCGCCGCCCUAUGGGACUCCCAAUCACGGCCUGAUGUGAUGCAGCCUAGAUUCGAACCAGGUACUGUAGUGACGCCUCUUGCACUGAGAUGCAGUGCCUUAGACCACUGCGUCCGUGUGUGUGUGUGUGUUAACUAUUUAACUGUACUAGAAUGCUUAAAAGGCCGCAAAAAUGGUUCAUAUCGGUUAUCGGUAUCUGUUUUUUUUAGCAAGGAAAAUAUCGGUAUCGGACAAAAAUGUAAUCGGUGCAUCACUAGUUGUAAGCUGUUGGUCCUGAUACCAGAUACUACUAGUACUGUGAAACGUAGUCGAUGUAAUGCCGUAUCACAACGUACUUCUUUCUGCUGAUUUAGUGUCUUUCUCUCAGGACUAAACACAUGUCCCUGUUAGUCACAACUACAGAUCAUUAGAAGUGUCCUAGAAAAGAAGUUGACACAGUUGUCAAUGUCUUGUUCUUCCUCUCUCUGUCUCUCUCUCUGUGUGUCUCUCUCUCUCUCUCUCUGUCUCUCUCUCUUUCUCUCUCUCUCUCUCUCUCUCUCUGUGUAUAAACAGGGACAAUAAAUAUGU